GAAAUGAGUUGUUUCUAGCUCAAAGCUUGCAUUACAUACAUGCAUUAGUGAUUGAAGUUGGAACAAGAAACAGGAAGGUUUUGCGCUGCCUUUGUUUUGUCCCUUGGUCUUGGAGCACUAGGCACAAGGUGGACAUCAAGUAUCCACUUAUUGCAAAGACUGAAUCGUGUAGUCAAACAAGUCCACAUUCAUCCUUUCUUGAUGUGUAUAUAAAGCAUGGUUUGGCAUGCAUUAUCAUAGAGGAGAGGAAUAUCAAAUUAAUUUCACAGACACUAUUCACUUUUAAGACACAAGCUAGUGAUAUCAAGAAAAAGAUGGAAUGGAAGAAGUGUUAUUUGGAUGUGAUAUUGGUGCCCUUAGGAUUUCUUAUAAGCAUUGGUUAUCAUUUCUGGCUGUGGUACACUGUUCGAACACAUCCACAUACAACUAUCAUUGGCAUCAAUGCCAGUGGUCGACGAAAUUGGGUUGCUGCCAUGAUGAAGGACAAUGACAAAAAGAACAUCCUCGCUGUUCAAUCACUAAGGAACACAAUCAUGGGUGCGACCCUAAUGGCCACAACCUCAAUUCUCCUAUGCUCAGGCCUAGCAGCAAUCGUAAGCAGCACCUACAGUGUGAAGAAGCCACUCGAGGACACAGUUUAUGGGGGUCAUGGAGAGUUCAUGAUAUCACUCAAAUAUGUCACUUUGCUCUCUAUUUUCCUCUUCUCAUUCUUCUGCCACUCCUUGUCCAUAAGGUUCAUAAACCAAGUCAACAUCCUAAUCAACACCCCACAGGACCCCAUCAUGUCCUUGGUCACCCCUGAAUAUGUGAAUGAGAUUUUGGAGAAAGGCUUCCUUCUAAACACUGUUGGAAACAGACUCUUCUAUGCGGCACUUCCUCUGCUGCUUUGGAUAUUUGGCCCCGUCUUGGUCUUCCUGUGCUCUCUCACUAUGGUUCCUGUGCUUUACAAUCUUGACUUUGUGGUUACUGGUGCAAAUAAGGGAAAGAUGCAGCUCAAUGAGAAUAGAGAUUUUGUAUGAGCUAAUGUCGUAUAUAAAUAUUAAUGUGUUAAGUAAGAAUUUAUGAAGUUGGUAUUUUGUAUUUCAAUGAUCAGAAACAAGUAUGUUCUACUACUUCUACCCUUGUGGCAAGGUAUUAGAAGGGAUUUUGACUGUGUUCAAUGACGUGUACUUAGCGUUGUGAAUGCAAAUCAUAUAUAUAUAUAUAUAACACCAUGUGCCUCAUUUUGAUUUA